AUGGCCAUGGCAAGCCUGGCUAAAGUAGCCGGCAUCUCCGCCGGCGCGGUGCUGCUCGCGCUGAACAUACCACACAUCCCACACCUGUCAUCGCAGCGCCUCACAGCCUUUGUCGGCGACUUCCCGAUACCCGACUACCCGUUCGCCCUCCCCUUCUUCAGAGGCAGCGACACCAACGACACCGACGGCGACACCGACGACACCGACGACAACCCCUCCGAAGCCCCGUUCGUCUGCGACGCGUCCCACACGUACCGGGCCGAGAUCGUGUCCCUCGAGCCGCUGCUCAUCUACAUCCACGCCCUUGUCACACCGCCCGAGAUCGCCUCGAUCCUGCGCACGGCGGAGCCGCUGUUCGCGCCGUCGCAGGUGACCAAGAACGGGCGGCAGCAGCGCACGUCGGACCGGACGUCGAGCUCGGCAGGCCUGCCGCGCGACGACGGCGCGGUGCGGUGUGUGGUCGCGCGCGCGCGCGGCUUCCUCGGCACGCUGCUGCGCGACGACUACGACGAGAUGGGCCCGCCGCAGCUCGUACGCUACACGGCCGGCCAGCGCUUCAACGUGCACCACGACUGGUUCGACUCGCCGCGCGCCGCGGCCGACGGGACGAGCAGAGAGUGGAACCGUAUCGCUAGUUUCUUUGCCAUCCUGCAGGAUAAUUGUACUGGAGGCGAGACGUAUUUCCCCCAUGCCGAGGCUGUCGCGCCGUCGAGUCCCUGGGGCGGGCCGUCGUGGCACGGUGGAGGCGGUGUUGGUGAUGAUGGGGACGAGGAUGGAAAAGAGACGGACUCGUUGUCGCCAGGCCCAAAGCCGCUGUGGAGAGAGCACGAGGACGGCGGGCUGGCGUUCAGGCCCGUCGCUGGCAACGCCCUCUUCUGGGUCAACCUGCACGCCAACUGGACGGGCGACGUGCGGACCAAUCAUGCCGGGCUCCCGCUGGUCGACGGCCUGAAGACGGCCAUGAACAUCUGGCCGAGGCAGUACCGCCCGGAUACCUGA